ACCAUCCGAAUCAUAAUUAAGAACAAAAUUACUGUCUUAUUAUUGGAGAUUAGUUAUUUGGCUGUUAAUCGCAUCACGAAUACAUGUCAACCCCAAUGCCGAAACGCAGUUUUGAACUUGUAUCAGAACAGACUUGGCCGUACGUUAUUGCGAACUGAUGUAUCUUGUCUACCAGCACGACAUGAAUUAGAGUUAUGCAAUUUAUUGCCGAAUAAAAUGCCAACUUACUGUAGUUUGACAAAACUUAUUUGCGAGGCCGACUUACAAUGUAAUGCAAAAUGGGGAAUAUUCAUGUCGGAAUGUGAAGCCGAAGCAGAAAAUGGUCGAUGCAAUAAACGUUGCUCUGAUCGACUAAAUGAUACCAUAGAAACCUUUCAUGGAACAGCUUUAUCAAGUUGCACAUGCAAUGAAAAUGAUGAUGAACUCUGUAAAAUUUUAAGGAAAACAGUCCAACUGUGCUUGAAGGUAUUUUUAACAAUAUGUGACGAGAAUGGAACCAUUAAAAAAAUGCCAUCAAUGCAAUUUGCUUUUGUUUUUAUACAAUUUGUCGUGCUUUUUACGAUAAGAAUUUGA